AUGGUAAAUAUAGUGCAGGAUUUUAAUGUGGUGGAGCAGCUAAUGCUGGGGCUGAAGGCACGUAAUUUCCAAAAUACCAUGCUAUAUUACUACAGCAGUAAUGGAACAAAUGAGCUAUUCACCUACACCUUAUAUCCGGAGUACAAACUUGUAAAUAGUUCCAACUUUUUGGCAUAUUUAAUGGAAGCUUUGCCAAAACGUUUAGCUGGUGGUAUGGAUAUGCAGGGUCAUAAGCUAUAUACACCGCUGCGUCAGGAUAUACCACAUGUCUUCAGUUAUAAGAAUAGUCGAGCACAAACUGUUUGGCGUGGUUCAGCCUAUAAUCUGCUGAAGAAAUUUAUGGACUAUGGUAAUGCAUCGUUGGUAAGCUAUGAAAUGCCGAAAGAUCGCUACGGCGGCAAUGUGAUCGAUAUGAAGGCGGCGCUGGACCUCAUACGUCACAAGAAAGUGGCAGUAAUGGCACACGCUUAUGCGUUAUUUAAAGAGGACGACGAGGUUGGUAAGAGUUAUCCACUAAUGGUGGUGCGUUGGUGUCUCAUGGUGCCCAUUUGGAAUAGCGUCUCAACAAUGUACUAUCCACUGGAGCCAUUCGAUGAUAUUAUUUGGUUUAUCAUUGUUGUUGUUUUUCUCGCAUUGGUGUCUGUGAAGUGUCUGUGGUGUUGUUGGCAGAGCACGCAUGAGCUGGCUAGACGUUUAAGCGACACUAUUUUGGAAUGUUUCUGCUUGAGUAUUGGCAUUUCUACACCAAAAUACUUCGGCGCACCUACUCUAUUGGAUUUCCUGAUUUUCACCACCAUAUUCUUAUACGGUUUCUUUCUCACAGCCAACUACACGUCACUGUUGGGCAGCAUAUUUACAGUAACUUUAUUUCGCGCACAAAUAAACACCAUGGAUGAUCUCAUAGCCACGAAUAUUUCCGUUAUGAUUAUCGACUAUGAAUUGGAGUUUCUGCGUUCUGGCGGUGAUGAACUACCAGCAAACUUCUCACGUCUGCUGAUGCCAGUGGACUCGGCCACUUACAGUCAACAUCAAGUGCAGUUUAAUACGAGUUUUGCCUAUUUUAUUACGGAGGAGAAAUGGAAUUUCCUGGACCUACAACAGAAAUACCUCAAACAACGGCUCUUUAAGUUCACAGACAUUUGCUUUGGUUCCUACCAUUUAGCCUAUCCACUGCAACCGGAUUCGUUUUUGUAUCGCAAUCUCGAGUAUUAUAUCUAUCGUAUGCAUUCUUCGGGCAUGUUGGGACACUACCAGAGCACAGCCUUCGAUUAUGCGGUGCAUGCGGGACUUGUGAAACGUUUGGCCGAUAAUACGGAGUUUACGUCGGCUGGCAUGCAGCACUUGGCUGUGGUCUUCUUAAUGCUGUUGGCUAUGUUUUGUGUGAGCUUCUGUGUUUUUGUGGGUGAGCUUGUAAAUGAACGUUUGAAGAACAAGCGUCGCUGGAAUUGA